AUGAGACUGAAAAGGGACGCUGACAAGGCAGAGAAGAGUCUUUCCACAUCAGAACAUCUCAAGAAACACCAGCGGAAACCCACAGGGAAGAAAUCUCACCACUGCUCUGACUGUGGGAAGAGUUACUCAAGCUCAGAUUCACUAAAAGUACACACGAGAAUUCACACUGGAGAGAAACCUUAUAGCUGUGAUCAAUGUGGGAAGAGUUUUACUACAUCUAACCAGCUGACUAUACACCAGAGAACACACACAGUAGAGAAACCUUACCACUGCUCUGACUGUGGGAAGAGUUUUUGUUCAUCAGGACAGUUAAAAUCACACCACAUAACACACACAGGAGAGACAUUUUACAGCUGUUAUCAAUGUGAGAAGAGUUUUAGUCACUCAAGCAGCCUGAUAGUACAUCAGAGGAUCCAUACAGGUGCGAAGCCUUAUAGCUGUGAUCAAUGUGAGAAGAGUUUUAGUCACUCAAGCAGCCUGAUAGUACAUCAGAGGAUCCAUACAGGAGAGAAACUCCAUAGCUGUGAUCAAUGUGGGAAGCAUUUUGUUGCAUCUAGCCAGCUGACUAGACACCAGAGAACACACACAGGAGAGAAGCCUUAUAGCUGUAAUCAAUGUGGGAAGCGUUUUGUUACAUCUAGCUGUUGUAUUAUACACCAGAGAACACACACAGGAGAGAAACCUUAUAGCUGUGAUCAAUGUGGGAAGAGUUUUAGUCACUCAAGCAGCCUGAUAGAACAUCAGAGGAUCCAUACAGGAGAGAAGCCUUUUAGCUGUAAUCAAUGUGGGAAGCGUUUUGUUGCAGCUAGCCAGCUGACUAGACACCAGAGAAUACACACAGGAGAGAAGGCUUUUAGCUGUAAUCAAUGUGGGAAGCGUUUUGUUACAUCUAGCUGUUGUAUUAUACACCAGAGAACACACACAGGAGAGAAACCUUAUAGCUGUAAUCAAUGUGGGAAGCGUUUUGUUGCAGCUAGCCAGCUGACUAGACACCAGAGAAUACACACAGGAGAGAAGGCUUUUAGCUGUAAUCAAUGUGGGAAGCGUUUUGUUACAUCUAGCUGUUGUAUUACACACCAGAGAACACACACCGGAGAGAAACCUUACCACUGCUCUGACUGUGGGAAGAGUUACUCAAGCUCAGAUUCACUAAAAGUACACACGAGAAUUCACACUGGAGAGAAACCUUAUAGCUGUGAUCAAUGUGGGAAGAGUUUUACUACAUCUAACCAGCUGACUAUACACCAGAGAACACACACAGGAGAGAAACCUUAUAGCUGUGAUCAAUGUGGGAAGAGUUUUGUUACAUCUAGCAGACUGAAAACACACAGGAGGACACACACAGGAGAGAAAUCUUAUAGCUGUGAUCAAUGUGGCAAGAGAUACUCUGGUAAAAGAUCACUGAUUAAACAUCAGAAAAUUCAUACAUGAAGGAGCUGUUUCUUGAUAUCAAUGAAAUAAUGUCACAAUGUAUAAUGUUUUAACAUUGUAGAAGGAGUAUUUUAAUUAUUCACAAUGUAGAACCCUAAACGUUUUCCCCGUUCUAUUGAUUUCAGCGUGAUAUGGAUAUUAGCCUCAUCGGGGAAAAUCCAGGCUCUGAAUUGAAAGAGUACUAUUGAUGUGAUUAACAAAAAGUGAUUGAGAAAUAAAGUGUUGUGUUACACUUACCUCGUUGACGACCCACUUGAAUCAAAAUGCAACACUUCUAAAUGUAGCUAGCUGUUUUCUACAAAUUGUCCUCUG